AUGAAUAACUCAAUAAAUUCAUUCAGAACUUCACACGAUAUGACCACACAAGCAAUUCCAUGGGUUGAAAAAUAUCGUCCAAAGGUGUUAGAGGAUGUUGUAGGUAACAAAGACGUCAUCGAGACGCUGAAGAGUUUUCGUUCUUCCAAACAAUUUCCUCAUUUAUUAUUAUGUGGGCAGCCUGGGAUAGGUAAGACGACUUCAAUUCAUUGUUUGGCUCGUGAGCUCUUAAAAGACAAAUACAAAGAAGCCGUCUUAGAAUUGAAUGCGUCAGAUGAAAGAGGUAUAGACACCAUUCGAACGACUAUUAAAGCAUUCUGCGAGAAGAAAGUGAUGUUGCCAGACAACAUCCCCAAAGUUGUUAUACUCGAUGAGGCAGAUUCGAUGACGACAGCAGCGUUCCAGGCUUUGAGACGGACAAUGGAAAUCCAUUCGAAGACUACACGCUUUGUGUUGGCGUGCAACACCCCAGAAAAAGUGAUUGAACCGAUUCAGUCAAGAUGUUCUCGUCUCAACUUCCGCCCACUUUCCACUGACGAAGUCAUCAACCGGAUCACCAAAAUAGCGCGGCUUGAGUCCAUGAAUAUCGCGGACGACGCGAUCAAAGCAAUUGAAAUUAUCAGUGAAGGCGAUUUGCGAAAGGCAGUGAAUGCGCUUCAGACGUGUGCUGUGUUAAAAGGUACAAUUACAGCCGAGAAUGUGUAUCAAAGAAAUGAUCUUCCCUCAGCCGAUGUCAUUUUGAAAGCGUUGUCGAAUUGUUUGAAGAAGAACUUUGACGAAGCCGUUGAUGAAGUGAGCAAGAUCUCUGUCUUAGGGUUUGAUGGGAAUGAUGUGAUAGAUAUGUUAGUGAAGAUGAUCUCUAAAGUCGAUACCAGUGAAGAAAUCAGAGUGAAAUUGUAUGAAGCUGCCGCUCCAUUCUUGAUCAGACGAGUUAAUUCGUAUGUACAAGUCUAUGGAAUGUUGGCACAGUUCUGUUUGGUUAAUUAA